AUGGUAAUAGUGACCCUCCCAGUUUGCCCACAUGCAAUUGUCAAUCCUAAUUUAUUUCCAUUGAAACAAAUAUCCAUUAGAAAGAUCAGAAAUCCAGUACGUGCCUUAUCAACCACACCUUUUGGCAUGGAGCAGCAGAUGAGAGGGAAGAAGUUAAUGGAAUUUCCUCAUCUCUUGCCUCCUCACAAAGAUUUAAUGGUGGGUCUUAUCUCAGCCUUGGAUAAACGCCUUCAUGGUCAUUUCCUUCCUUCUUCAGCCUCAGUCCCUCCUGAUGCUGAAUACUAUCAGAACCAGAGUGGUACUUCUCAAGGUACUCUUUCCAUCAACCGUGGCGUCGAUUCCUCUCCUAGUAUUAGAAGAACAAUACCAAAUGAAGUGUUUAAUUUUAUCAUUCGCCACCCACUGAUUUGUGGAACUGAAGGACCUGGUAAAGAUCCAUUAGGAUCCAUCGUUGCAAGAGCAGGAGUACAGCCUGAUUUAACAGAGUAG